AUGGGAGAUUACAUUCCACCUACCGUGAGAGAUUACAUUCCACCUACCAAGGGAGAUUACAUUCCACCUACCAUGGGAGAUUACAUUCCACCUACCAUGGGAGAUUACAUUCCACCUACCAUGGGAGAUUACAUUCCACCUACCAUGGGAGAUUACAUUCCACCUACCAUGGGAGAUUACAUUCCACCUACCAUGGGAGAUUACAUUCCACCUACCGUGAGAGAUUACAUUCCACCUACCAUGGGAGAUUACAUUCCACCUACCAUGGGAGAUUACAUUCCACCUACCAUGGGAGAUUACAUUCCACCUACCGUGAGAGAUUACAUUCCACCUACCAUGGGAGAUUACAUUCCACCUACCAUGGGAGAUUACAUUCCACCUACCAUGGGAGAUUACAUUCCACCUACCAUGGGAGAUUACAUUCCACCUACCAUGGGAGAUUACAUUCCACCUACCAUGGGAGAUUACAUUCCACCUACCGUGAGAGAUUACAUUCCACCUACCAUGGGAGAUUACAUUCCACCUACCAUGGGAGAUUACAUUCCACCUACCAUGGGAGAUUACAUUCCACCUACCGUGAGAGAUUACAUUCCACCUACCAUGGGAGAUUACAUUCCACCUACCAUGGGAGAUUACAUUCCACCUACCAUGGGAGAUUACAUUCCACCUACCAUGGGAGAUUACAUUCCACCUACCGUGAGAGAUUACAUUCCACCUACCAUGGGAGAUUACAUUCCACCUACCAUGGGAGAUUACAUUCCACCUACCGUGAGAGAUUACAUUCCACCUACCAUGGGAGAUUACAUUCCACCUACCAUGGGAGAUUACAUUCCACCUACCAUGGGAGAUUACAUACCACUCCACCAGGUGGCUCACUCCUCCCACCUACCAUGGGAGGUUACUCCACCAGGUGACCCGUCCGCCCCCUCCCACCAAACCCUUCACUCCAUAUAUGUCUGGUAG